CCCAGCCCUUCUCCGCCGGCAGCCGCUGCGCGCCGCCUUCCACCACCGCCGCCCCGUUCCCUUCGCGGCGAGGCGUGGCGCGGCCCGGCCCCCUCGCACCGGGCGGCGGGGAUUGGCCGGGCGGCGGGUGUCUGCCGCGGGCCGGGGCGACGAGGAGAGGAGCGGAGCGGAGCUAGCCCCGGCCGUGUGCGGGCUGCCCCGAGGCGGCGGCGGCCGGCGGGACCAUGGCGGCGCUGGGCAUGGCGGCACUGAGGAGAGGCGGCGGCGCGGCCCCCCGCCUCCUCGCCGUGGCCGUCUCCUGCCAGAGCUGCCGCCCCAAAGCCAGCCAGUGCCCCGGGGACGGCGGCCACGGGCAGCCCAAGGACCACCACCCGGCGGCCCCCGGCAGAGCCCGGCGCGGCGCCGAGCCCGGCCCCGCCGCGGGCAGCCAGCCCCUCCCGGCCGAGGGAGCCGACACCAAGACCUACUUGUGGGCCAGGUACCACGAGAUGAAAAAGCUGGUCUACGAUCUCCUUCCACCAGGAGUCUGCAAUCUCCUCAACCCAGCCGCUAUCUACGCUAACAAUGAGAUCAGCCUGGGCGAUGUUGAGAUAUAUGGCUUUGACUAUGAUUACACAUUAGCACAGUAUUCUAAUUUACUACACUCUAUGAUUUUCAACACUGCCAGAGACAUCCUAAUAGAACAAUUCAAGUAUCCAGAAGGGCUUGGGAAGUAUGACUACAUUCCAGGGUUUGCCAUACGUGGACUUCACUAUGAUGUACAAAAGAGUCUUCUCAUGAAGAUCGAUGCUUUCCAUUAUGUCCAGCUGGGGACGGCAUAUAGAGGGCUCAAACCAGUGCCUGAUGAAGAGGUAAUCGAACUCUACGGUGGUACGCAGCACAUCCCGCUGUACCAGAUGAGUGACUUCUAUGGCAAGGGUCCAUCACUUAAGCAGUUUAUGGACAUUUUUUCUCUUCCUGAAAUGACACUGCUCUCUUCAGUCAUUGAUUACUUCAUAACUCAUGGCAUUGAGUUUGACCAGGUGCAUCUUUACAAGGAUAUAUCUGAUGCUAUUAGAGAUGUACAUGUGAAAGGAGUGAUGUACAAAUGGAUUGAAAAAGAUCUGGAACAGUAUAUUCUGCAUGGGGAUGAAAUCUAUGCUGUGCUAAACCGACUGGUGAACCACAAGAAGAAACUCUUCCUUAUUACAAACAGUCCCUUUAGCUUUGUGGAUAAAGGAAUGAAACACAUGGUUGGCAAGAACUGGCGGGACUUAUUCGACAUGGUCAUUGUGCAAGCUGACAAGCCCAACUUCUUCACGGAUCGGCGGAAACCUUUUCGAAAAUUGGAUGAUAAAGGCUCACUGCAGUGGGACAAAAUAAACCAGCUGGAGAAAGGAAAGAUCUACAAAGAGGGUAACCUCUUUGAUUUUCUGAGGCUGACAGGCUGGCGUGGGUCCAAAGUGCUCUACUUUGGUGACCAUCUGUACAGCGACCUUGCGGACCUCAUGCUGCGUCAUGGCUGGAGGACUGGAGCCAUUGUUCCUGAACUGGAGACGGAGAUUCGGAUCAUAAACACAGAGCAGUACAUGCACUCCCUGACCUGGCAGCAGGCUCUGACGGGACUGCUGGAGAGAAUGCAGAUGUAUCAAGAUGCGGAGUCGAAGCAAGUGUUGCUGGAGUGGAUGAAGGAACGUCAAGAGAUCAGGUCACUGACGAAGAACCUGUUCAACCCCCAGUUUGGAAGCAUCUUCCGCACCUUCCACAACCCCACGUACUUCUCUCGACGGCUGGUGCGAUUCUCUGAUAUUUACAUGGCAUCCAUCAGCUGCCUGCUGAACUAUGAUGUGAAUUUCACCUUCUACCCCCGGCGCACCCCUCUGCAGCAUGAGGCUCCGCUCUGGAUGGAUCAGCUCUGCACAGGCUGCAUGAAAACCCCCUUCCUGGAGGAGAUGGUGCAUAUUCGGUGAAGGGCCAGGUACUCCGGGCAACAGCACACUGCGAGUCUGUACGUGGGGCCGGGCUGCUCGGCCAGCAGCACCUCUGUCUACCACUAAAGGGCGUUUGACACUUA